CAAACGACUGUAUGGUAUGCUCACAUUUUUAAGCAAAUUGAAGCUGGACAGCUGUAAUGAUUCAGUGAAGAGAGAAAACGCUCUGCAAAAUGCUGUAAAUCACGUUCGUGAGAUCGAGGACAGAUCUUUCAAACUCUCCAUUCAAAAAUAUGUUGAACCAACAAAGACUGAUUCUGAGCUGCCUUUAUGGGUUCUUCAAAAAAUUGAGCGUGGAGAACUCACUACUUUCAUCAUAAAUAUUGUGGAUCAGAAGACAAUGAUGCUGCCUGCUCUUGUGGAGGACUUUUCACAGCCAAGUAGUUACACAGCUGCUUAUUGCAUCAGACAGUACUUCUAUGGACUGUUAACUGGAGGUCAGAUGUGCACUGAAUAUGACAGGGAGGGAGAAGAGAUCAAAGACAAGCGUGUCCCAUCCAUACUCCUCAGCAGUGAUGAACAGAAACAACUGAAAUUACAGCAUCUGCAUGAGGCUCCUGAGGGUUUGCGUCGCAGGGUGUUUGAAGAAGCUCUGCAGGUUCAGACUUCAGCCUUAGAAAACAUCCCCGACCAGCUGAAGCUGCCAGUCUGUGUGACUGUUUUCUGGUUCAAGAGGCUACAACACCACCCAAAACCUGAAACUGUCCACUGCCUCCACGCCCUCCUGCUGGGGUUUAUGUAUCACCAUGACAGUCCAGAAGCUAACAGAGAGGUUGAAGCAGCAUCGACAGCCUCCUCUCCAAAUGAUGGGAAACAAGAGGACGAGUUUGAGAGGAAGAUGAAAGCUUUAAAGGAUGCAGCUAUCAGGAGGAAAUGGCAGCCCUGUGUGGCUCAUGCUUUCAGCCAAUGGCAGUGCUGCAUGAGGCAGAGCCUCCACCUGAACCAGCUGCUGUGUUCCCCUCUACCAGAACCUCAGUGUGCCCGGCUUUACUGUGGACCUCUCCUUCAUCGGCUGGCAGAUGAAGACACGAUUGAAGAAGUACAGAAAACACUGAGAGGAGAAAAGAAGGAAUUAUAUGAAUAUUUAAAGAUGAUUUCUUAUCCAAAAACUACUGAGGAAGGGCCCUCAAGUGAGGAACAAGUACAGAAGACUGAGGAAGAGGAGAACUCAGAUGAAGAUUCCAAAACCAAUCCAGACAAUCCACACAUUGUGGAAAAAACUCUGCUUAUUGGUGAAGCUGUACUCAGAGAUGUGCAGCUAGAGACUCCAGGAACUGUGAUCAAUUGCAUUCCAGGAGCAAGAACAGGUGACAUUGAAGCUUAUCUGAAACUGCUGGCUCAGAAUGAACGUAGAUAUGGGAAGAUUGUAAUUCACGUUGGCAGUAAUGACAGCAGGUUCAGUCAAUCCGAGGUCACUAAAAUUAGCAUUGCAUCAGUUUGUAACUUUGCCAAAGAAAUGUCAGACACUGUAGGUUUCUCUGGUCCCCUCCCCUAUGAGACCAAUGAUGUCAUCUAUAGCCGCAUGCUGUCGUUGAACCGCUGGCUGUCUGAAUGGUGUUCAGAAAACAGCGUGAAAUUCUUAGAUAACUGGCAAACCUUCUGGGAAAAACCUGGUCUUAUUGAGGAAGAUGGCAUCCAUCCCACUUUGGAUGGUGCAGCUCUCCUUUCUAGACGUCUGGAUGAAUUUAUACAGAAUUUGGACAAGAAAACAGAGUUAGGGUGUGUUGUUAUAGAGGCUGUGACUCCAUAACACCAAAGAGUCAAAACAGCUAAAUGUGAUUUACUAAAUAUAUUAUUUUUACAGUAGACGUU